AAGUAGUCCUACAGUCGUAUUACAGGAGGAGUUGGUUUUUUCAAUAAGUAACAUUUUACUUGUGUGAGGGUACGUGUUGUUGAGUUGUUCAAAAAUGAUUGUUUUACUUGUGUGAGGGUACGUGUUGUUGAGUUGUUCAAAAAUUAUUGUUUUACCUGUGUAAGGGCAUGUGUUGUGCAAAAAUUAACAAUUUACUUGUGUCAGGGUACGUGUUGUGUGUGAGGGUAUGUGUUGUGUAAAAAAUCCGCAUUUUAAACCAAUAUUUGUUAUAUAGAUUACGUAAAAAAAUGACAUUUAACUUUGACAAAUGCCACGGCAUUACUUUUAAAAUGUAAGUUUGUAGUGUAAUUCAUAUUAAAGUGAUAUUGGUAAUAUUACCUUGUAAUUGCAGUGAAAAAGAAGAUGAGGAUCGGUUUAACAAAAAAAGGUCAGGUCAUUUCAGUUGUAACUCGAAUAAUUAGGUUUGAUGUUUAUUUUUCUUAACCUAAAAUGCAGGCUGCAGGCAUCCAACAACGAGUGGAUAGCAGAGUGAUUGACAAAGUCGGAGAACUAAUCGAUGACCGUGUUUGCUCCAUUAUGGAAAUACAACGUCAUUUAAGAAUAUUUGUUGUUCAAGAACUUUUCAAGAAUACAUUGCCUCCAGCAUCAAGUAAAAGAAGAUUUUUUCCAACAAAAAAAGACAUUAACAAUCAUUAUUAUAAUUCAUACACAAAACGAAAAAUGUCGAAAAUUGACCAAGCAAAUGUGCAAUUACUGGUAGAUGAGUGGUGCCACAAGUUACCUGAAGAUGAAGAGAUGAAGAACAUUCUCUUCAGACCCUAUAUUGCCAGUAUUCGUUCCAAACAAUUAAUUAAAGACAUUGAUGGGGAUGAUAUCACUGCAGUGAAUGCCAAACAAACAUUACCGUUUGUAUACCAGACAGCUUGGCAAAGUAGACUCCUACUACGUUAUGGUCAGGAUAUCUGCCUCCUGGAUGCAACUUAUAAGACAUCAAAGUAUGCACUGCCACUGUUCUUUCUUUGUGUAAAGACCAAUGUCAACUAUCAAGUUGUUGCAUGUUUUGUGCUCCAAAACGAAUGUCAAUCAGACAUUCAGGAAGCUCUUGUAAUUCUAAAGUCUUGGACACCUGGCUGGAACCCAAUGUUUUUCAUGACUGACAAAUGUGAAGCUGAAAUAAAUGCUGUUGAAAGUAGUUUUCAAGAGAUGGGUUUCACUUUACCGAUUGGGAAAGAUGCGUGUGCCAAUUGGUACGAACAAUGGGGUUGAGAGACAAAACAAAAUGCUCAAGGAAUGUCACUUGAAGUUUCAAGUUGACAAAUCUUUAUCUGGGCUUUUAAAAGUGCUUCACCAUGACUUUUUUCCAGAGGCCUUAAAAAAAUUUGACACUCCAGCAACCGCUCUAAAGUUUUUCAAAUAUUUACAUAGAAAACCAAAAAAAAUGUUUUUAUUAAAUAAAUGAAAGAAGGAAUGGAAAAAUAAAUAUUGUUUUAAAUAGUUUUAAAUUUAUCUUCUUCUUCCUCCCACAACUUCUCCUCUCCCCACCACUCCUCUCUCCACCACCACUUCUCCUUUCUCCUCCACCACUUCUCCUCUCCCCACCACUUCUCUUCUUUUUUCUUCUCUUUUUUUCUGUGUUGUUCAAAUGUAAAUCUUAGUAAUGCAGAAUAAAGAAUGACAUGUAUACAA